GUGUUUACUUCCGGUUUACACUGUCAUGGCGGCACCCGACUCUAGGUCAAGCUAGCAGAACACAUUUUGUCUUUCAAAACUCAACCCUUUCGAGUGCAAAAAUGAUGUUGAAAGAUAUUAAAAAGUGGAACCGAAUUGUGUCUACAGUUUACGCCUUCGGUGUGUGGACUAUGAUCGGCUCCGUUGGAUAUUUGUAUUACACGGGUCGAUUCAUAAACAGCGCAGACUCGACUCAAAAUGAAAAGGAAAAAAAAGAACUGCCGAAUAAUCUAAGUGAAAUUGAAUUCCAGACUGCUCACAACAAAACUAUCAUCAUCUACAAAAACGACUUUGUACCAUACACGACAAGGAUCUACAAUUUCUUUCAGUCAUUCACUGGUGGUCCUGGAACUGGAAACAAUUGAAUUUCAAAUGAACACUGUGGACUUGUGUGCAUGAAAUACUUGAUUCAUGAUACAGUGUGAAUUACUGUAAAACAUUUGUGUGACGAUGAAACAAAUUAUGGUAUGUCCUAUACAACUACAAGAAGGCUAACAUCUGCUUUUGGGUUGUCAUGUCAUCUGCUAAAUGUUAUAUAAUAUUUUUGUCCACAACUUUGUUCACGAAGAAUUUGUGAAAUUAAUUUGAUGUCAAAUACAGUGCUGUACAUUCAUUGAUUGUUGUCAUAAAAAAAGGAAACUUUUCAAUUCA